GGAGAGGAUAUGGUGCAUCGAUUCAGCUAUGGAGGCAGUGAUAAAUUGACUGUGGGAAAUGGUAAUCAACUCCCCAUUACUCAUACAGGACAUCAAAACAAAGAGAGUAAUACUGGAGGGGAGGCUUAGAGAUGGAUUGUAUCAACUUGAUGUUCCAACUACUAAAGCUUCUGAAGGACGUUUGGCCGAGGAAAAUAAAGACAAGUUGGAUUCUACGUUUUCUCCAUUUGUUGCAAUUUCUACCUCUGAUGUAAAUCAUGUUUCAGAUUGUAUUUCAGUUAGAGACUUAUGGCAUAGACGAUUGGGGCAUCCCUCUCUUAGGAUUCUCAAUCAAGUUUUAAAUUCUGCUAAUGUAAAACUGUCAAUGAAUGUGAUAAUUAUGCAAAGACACAAUCCAUAAAACCCAAAUGAGAGAUAGCAAAAAGAUGAAGAGAGAAAAGGGAGGCUAGAGUGUAUUGCAAAAAUAGAGAGAAUGUAUUCUAGGUUACAAAA